CAUCUUUUACACCUCCACCGCAGAAGAAGAGAACACGGAAGAGGCUGUAAACCACGAAGAGGUGAACGUGUGUGUCAAGUGAGGCUGCGUGGCCUGUUAUCCGGAAAGUUCCAGCAAAAUACACCAGUGACAAAUACUGAACGAGAAGCGAGUGAACAUUUCGCCCAAAGAGGGAAACAUAUUCGACUUUAAAAAUGUCUGUUAUUUCCGAAGAAAAUGUGCGAGGUGGGAGCCUUUUCAAGGAUAUUAGCGCCGACGACGAAGACUGGGAGCCCACUGAGAUCGAGAGCCUGUGUAUGAACUGCCACCAGAACGGUACGACACGCUUACUUCUGACCAAAAUACCAUUCUUCAAAGAAGUCAUCGUCAGCUCUUUCAGCUGCCCUCACUGCAGCUGGUCAAACACCGAAAUCCAGUCUGCAGGCCGAAUUCAGGAUCAAGGCGUUUGUUACACGCUGAAAGUCAAAACAAAACACGACUUGAACCGGGAGGUUGUGAAGGCAGACAGUGCGACCACCAGGGUCCUUGAGCUGGAUUUUGAAAUCCCUCCCUUCACUCAGAAAGGUGCACUUACUACCAUUGAGGGCCUUUUAGACCGAGCAGUCGCAGGUUUGGAGCAGGACCAACCUGUCAGGCGAGCCACUGACCCAGAGGUUGCUGAGAAAAUAGAUAAAUUCAUUCAGAAGCUGAGGAAGUUAAAAGAGGUUGAAAAUGAAUUUACUCUGGUGAUUGAGGAUCCAUCUGGCAACAGUUUUGUGGAAAAUCCAGUCGCCCCACAAAAAGAUGAGGCUCUCAUUGUGUCCCGGUUCAAGCGAACGGUCCAGCAGGACAAACAGUUGGGAUUAAGGGCCGAUGAUGACUUGGAAGAGGAACCAGCUGGCAACGACCUGGAGACCAUGAGAAAUGAGGUUUUGGUCUUUAACACCAACUGCCCAGAGUGCAAUGCUCCAGCCUCAACCAACAUGAAGCUCGUCCACAUCCCUCACUUUAAGGAAGUCAUCAUCAUGGCCACAAACUGCGACAGCUGUGGUCACCGUACCAACGAGGUGAAAUCAGGUGGAGCCACAGAGGAGCUGGGAACUAAAAUCACCUUGCAUGUUACCGACCCUUCGGACGUGACCCGAGACGUGCUCAAAUCCGAGACGUGCUCCAUCCUCAUCCCUGAGCUGGAGUUUGAGCUCGGGAUGGGAGCUUUGAGUGGGAAGUUCACCACCCUGGAGGGGCUGCUGAAAGACAUCAAAGACCUGAUUGUCUCCAAAAACCCCUUUGCCUGUGGUGACAGUAGCUCUACAGAGCGGGUGGAGAAGCUGAAUGAGUUUGGGGAGAAGAUAGACAAGAUCAUAGCUGGAGAGAUGAAUAUCCACUUCAUCUUGGACGACCCAGCAGGGAACAGCUAUUUGCAGAAUGUGUACGCCCCGGAGCCUGAUCCUGAGAUGACUAUUGAGAAGUACACCCGCUCCUUCGAGCAGAAUGAAGAACUCGGUCUGAAUGACAUGAAAACUGAGGCAUAUGAAGAGGAAAAAUGAACUGCCAGCGCCAGCUGAAAGAACUAAAUAAACUGAUUAUGGAUAAUGUCUUGUCAGAAACCCAGUGCAUUUACAUCGCUCCAUAUUUUCCCAUAUUUUCAAGCAUUUUUAAGUUAAAAACUGGGUGAAUGGUUGUUUCGAUCAGUGUAUUAAUCAGUAACAGGAGUUCUAAGUUGUCUGCAUGUACAUUUAAAAUAAACUUAACACAGAUGAGCAACCUCAUUUGUACACAUGAAUCCUGCUGUCAUCAAAGAUAAAUCCUUAUUGUUUAUUGCAUUCUUGCGACAUCCCAGAAGAUGGCGCUCUGUUAUCUCCUAUUAAAAAGAUUCUUUUCUCUUGGAGGACCACA